AUGCGGCCGACGCACAACCGCAGCACCUCGCGCAUGACGGAAGCCCAUUCCCGAACCAGCGACGACGAUGGCGCCCGCACUGCCGUCAAAGUGGCUGUGCGAGUACGACCGCCGCUCCACCCCACUGACCCCGGCUUCGACUUGAUCCCCCAGCGCUUUCGCGAGAGCACCUGUGAGGUACCCACGCCGACCUCUCUUUCCGUGCAGUCACCGCAGGGCAAGAAGCUCUUCGUCUUCGACCGCGUCUUUGACGAGCACACCACGCAGGACGGCGUGUGGGAGUACGUGAGCGACAGCGUGACUUCCUUCGUAAAGGGCUACAAUGUCUCCAUCUUGGCAUAUGGGCAGUCGGGCGCAGGCAAGUCCUACACCAUGGGCACGUCGGGCCCCGAAGACCAGAGCGACGCAGACGUGAGAGGCAUCGUGCCGCGAGCUGCUCAGGCCCUGUUUGACAAGCUCAAUGGUACCUCCGCCAAACCCAGCGGCCUUCAGACACCCAAACGAUAUUCCACCCAAGCAUUGCCGGCCUACAACGCAAUCCAGAAAUACGGCGCCACGACGACGACGAAGAACUGGGAGCUCAAGGCCACCUACGUGGAAAUCUACAAUGAACAGCUCCGCGAUCUGCUAAUAUCCGAAAAUGUGCCCCCCGCAGACCGCGCCCAGGUGGCCAUUCGUGAAGACACCAAAGGCCGUAUUAUGCUUACGGGACUGACCCAGGUACCGAUCACCUCGGUGGAAGAUGUGCUCAAUGCCCUCAAUUUCGGCUCCGCGAUCCGACAAACCGACGCCACUGCCAUUAACGCACGUUCAUCGCGCUCACACGCAGUGUUCAGUCUGAACCUCGUGCAGAAGAAGACCGACGCGCAUGCCACCACCACUGGCAAGGCGGAGAAGCGCAUGUCCAUGCCAAUCGAACAUGUGACGGGCGCCGAGAGCGUGAUGACGCUCGACAGUAAGCUCCACUUCGUCGAUCUGGCUGGUAGCGAACGUUUGAAGAAUACCGGAGCCACGGGAGAUCGAGCCAAAGAAGGUAUUUCGAUCAAUGCUGGACUUGCCAGCCUUGGCAAGGUCAUCUCACAGCUGUCCAAGCACGGGAAUGGCCACAUUUCCUAUCGUGACUCUCGACUUACUCGCCUGCUGCAAGACUCGCUUGGUGGCAAUGCCAUAACGUUCAUGGUAGCAUGUGUAACCCCGGCAGUAUUUCACCUGAGCGAGACUCUGAACACCGUCACCUACGCACAGCGCGCGCGUGCAAUCCAGAGUCGGCCCGAAAUACAACAGACCCACGAGGACAGCGACAAGCAAGCCGCGAUCGAUCGACUACGUGCGGAAGUCAGCUUCCUUCGCGAUCAAAUCCGCCACACUGAUACCGGUGCUGCAAGAGACAUGAUGGGCAAGGAUGCGCGUGACAACAGGGGCCGCGGACGCGAGUAUGAGCUCCAGUCCCAACUGAUGGACAUGCAGGAGAACUAUAAUGCCCUCAGCCAGCGCCACGCCAAAUUGAUCGCCGAGAUUUCAAAGAGCAGGGACAGCGAAGAUGCGGAGACCCCGUUGCUUAACGAGGCAAUUGGUGAGAACGCGAGUGAUCGGAUCAAGCGGUCAAACUCAUUCGCAGAAGCUGUGGAACAGGUGGUGUUGGAGUACGAGAAGACGAUCCAGACUCUGGAAAGUUCGCUUUCGCAGACAAGAUCCUCACUUGCAAGUACAGAAAGCACGCUCAUGGAAAAGGAGACGAAAAUUGCAUACCUGGAUACUAUUCAGAAGCAACUCCAGGCGCGGAUCUCGAAGUACAUGGAACGAGAAGCGAAUAACGACUCUUAUACCCGCGAUUUGGAAAGUAAGAUGGAAGGCGCCACCACGGAAGAAGAACGUAAAGAGACCAUGAUUGAUGAGCUACGAAGGGAAAUUCAACGUGUUCGGGAUAGCGAGUCGAAUGCUGAGGAUUACAUUUCGACCUUGGAGGAGCGUUUGGCAGAAGCCGAGCAGGAUCAAGAGAUCAUGCAGCGUGAGAUCGAGCGUCUCGAGCACGUUGUGGAGCGGCAGAGAAGCAUCGGCAGACUUGAUAACCUGCUCGGCGAACUCGAUGCGAUUCGUGGUGGUGAUCAGCACCAGACAAAUGGACACUCCGCAUCACGAACGCCCUCACCAGCUGCGAAGCCCAAUGGCCACGCCGAUGACGACCAGUACGAUCCAUUUCGAGAGUCAACCGCAUCCGACGAGGGCUUUGAGAAGAAUGAAUUCAUGGCCAACAAGCUCGAGAAUCUCACGCAGGAGUUCUUCGACCUCCGCUCCGAGCAUGAGACUGUGCUCAGCGAUUAUGACAACCUUCAGCAGAAGUACCAGACUGCUCUGCAGACUUUGGCCAAAAUCGAGCAGCGGGAGUUCGAGAAGAGCAUGCCAACACCACGCUCUGCAGACACCCCUGUGGCGAGCAGCCGAAGCUCUUUUUUAGUGGAAGCGGGGACGAAAGACGAAGAAGAAAAGGCGGCUACAGACGGACCGCUUUCAUCCUCGCGUUCCUCGUUGGCGGAGUUGUCCUCGCUGCAGCAACAGAGUGGUGGCGCCGAAGGAGAGAGCGCACCGAUGAGUCCAGCAAUUGACGAGAUUGCUGCGCGAAACGAUGCCAGCGCGGCACACUCACCCAUCUCAGCAGCAUCGCACGAAGAGGUGCUGCAAGAAAUGGAAACCCUGAAGAAGCUUCACGCAGAGAAAGCGGUGUCGGUUACAGAGCUCACCAAGAACUACAUGAGUCUCGCGCAACGCCACGAAGCAACCCUAAGUCAGGUCGAAGAGCUCAAACAAGAAUUGCAACAGGUGCAACGAGCAGCUUCUCCAGCUUUCCCGUCAUCACCAAACCUGCCAUCCGGCUUGCCAAAGGGCACUUGGCGACGAAAGUCGGACGAGCUUUUGGGCAGCUCAUCGGAUCGCUCAUCUAGAUCCUACAUUUCCCUUCGAACCAUGGUUCUCAAUAACUUUGAGGAGCAGGCUGAUGUUCGUCAUAACUUUGAGCAGCAUCUCAGCACGGUCAUGACAGAGCUCAACCUACGCUCCGAAAGAGUGCAAGCUCUCGAGAGCGAGCUCGCGUCACUUAGGAAGGACAUGGAGCAGAAGCAGACGAUCAUUGCAGGACUGACUCGUGAACGAUCUAGCAUGGCUGCUGCUAGCGCAGGCGGUGUAGACUUCUCCCUUGUCGGACAGAUGCGAGAUCAGCUCAUGGAGAGCGAGAACCAGAUUCGUAUGCUUCACGAGCAGCAUGCCGAGCGCGAGAGGGAGCUUCAGGAGCAGAUUGAAAGUCUCAAGGAGGCGCUUGCCGAACAUCACAAGGCCUACGGCGCGGACUCGUUGCCGACACCAAGCGACGAUCAAGCAACAUCGCAAAUGCCUGGCGAGUUCCCCGAGACCCCAGCUGAGGUGAACCGUCUGCAAAAGGAGGUCAGCGCUUGGGAAAACAAGCAUCGUGAGGCCAUGGAUUCCCUGUCAGGAUCCCAGCAGAACCUGGUCAACACCAUUGCUGAGCUUCAAGCCUCACUGUAUCAAGCUCAGACAGGUAUGGCUGCCAAAGAACCAUCCGCCGAUGUCGAUCAGCAACGUAUGACGAGGCUUGAGACCCUGCAGCAGCAAUAUGCGGAUGUCCUCCAGCAAGUGGCCGAGGAUGAACAGAAACGCGGGAGCACGAAGGAGCUUCAUCGCCAGGCACUCGCGAACCUCGAGAAUCAGCUUGAGGUGCAUCGAUCUACAAUUCAGCUCCAUCAAGAGAGCUUGGAGCAGUUGCAAGCUUCCCACACCAAGGAGAUCGAAGAGUACACCACGAGAUAUACCGAGCUCCAAAAGAAGCACGAGCAGACUGUCGCCGAUUACGAGCAACAAUUGUCAUCUGCCAAUGGCGAGAUCGCGACCUUGCUCAAGAGCGCUUCUUCUGCGCUUGGAUACGAGACCGACAAGGGUAGUCUGCACCACCAGAUCUCGGGCUUGGUCGAAGAAGGAAAGGAGCUGCAUGGAAGACAUCUCAAGACCACGAAUGAGCUCAAGGCCGUGCAAGAGGAGCUGCAGAAUGCCAUCAACCGAUCAGUGGAGAUGGAGAACGAAAUCAACGAGCUCAAGACUCACACCGAGGAGACGGAAGCCAAGCUGGCGCAAAUGACAGACAAGUACCAGAAGAGCGCUGCACUUGUCGAACAGCUCGAGGAGCAACUGAGCAACUCUUACGAUCAGCAACUAGCGAUUAGCAUGGAGUCUGAGGCCCCAUCUCGUGCUGAACUUGAGAAGGAGCUUGAGGAGGCCAAGGCGCGCAAUUCGCAGCUUGAGCAACAAAUCAAUGCUUUCAAGCACUUGUCUCUGAACUCGAACACCUCGUCGCACUACAACCGCGACUCGCUAUCGCCAGAAGCCGCGACCACUGCACUUGGCCGAAACUCCUCAUCAUCUUCAAAUGCCCGCAAAUCUGGACCGACAGCACUUCCUACACCUCCGCCGUCUAUUCCCCUCCCACCACUUCCUGGCUCUCCGGUCACUGGCACGCCGCCUCAGAGUGCUUUGGAUCGCACGACAUCGCCCACACCGCGUGGAACGUCACCUGUUCCAACAACGUCGCCACCUACCUCGCGCCACGCUUCGCACGAGGUCAGCCCAAGUCCGGCCGUCUCGCAGCUCAUUGAAGACCAAGAGGCUCGCAUUAGGACCAUCGAGAAGCAUCUCUUUGCGGAGAAGCAGCUCACAGCCACCCUUGAGGAGGCCCUGGUCGACCUCGAGACCUCCGCCAAUCGAACCAAGUCAGAAAUGGAGAACUGGCGGAAGAAGUGCCAAAGCCUGGAAGACGAGCUGGUCAGCUUGCGUAAGGAGCGCAGUAACUCUCGAGCCAGUCUGCAGGCUGUCGAAGAAGAACGCGAAAUGCGUGUACGCGCCGAACGUGCCCGUCAAGCGCUGGAACAGCGCAUGGCCGAACUCAACGCGAACAAGAAAAAGAAGAAGAGCGGGCUCAAUUGCUUCUAGGAAAAGCACGUCCGUCAUCAUCUCCUUCAUGUACAUCGACACCGACAUACGUCACAGCACAACAAUCACGACAAACACGGCCUCACGCAGCAAUAUGCGUUCUUGUAUCAUUAGUGCCAUUCACAAAUUGUCCUUAUACCGUGCGAGCGAAUGGGCGGCGCACAACCGACGGCCGUCUUUGAAGAAGACCACGUCCACUCACGACCAUAACACACAAUUUUUGUUUUGUUUUCAGGCAAUAGCAGGCAGAUACGAGUUUCACGUCUAUAUCAGAGCGAGCGAGCGAGCGAGCGAGCGCAUUUUGAGGCGCAAAGAGCAGGAACAUGGCAUUAUCCCAUCCGGCCGGCAAAGAAACUCUCUUGCUUCUCCGGAAGAUGAAAACAUGGGAUUUGGGUCGCCAAGUUUUGUUCUUCUCUGUUUGCUUUGGAUUUGUAUAAUACCCCGUUCGAAGCACUGACUGCCGC